CGGACAUAGUAGCCCCAGGAGCAUCUGUGAGAGAAGAGUGGGAGAGCUUCCACUGAACCUCGGAAGGCUCUUCUUCCAAUAGCUAGUAACCCUUGAGGCUGGUGUAGCUGUUAUUGCAGUGUAUCAUAACAACAAUGGCAGAUGGUCAUGAAACUGAUAAAAAUAUUGAGAUAUGGAAAAUCAAGAAAUUGAUCAAAGCAUUGGAAACUGCAAGAGGCAAUGGUACCAGCAUGAUAUCUCUUAUAAUGCCUCCGCGCGAUCAAAUAUCUCGGGUGACUAAGAUGUUAGGUGAUGAAUUUGGGACCGCUUCAAACAUCAAAAGUAGGGUCAACCGGCAGUCAGUGUUGGCUGCCAUUACUUCUGCUCAGCAGAGGCUGAAGCUUUAUAAUAAGGUUCCUCCCAAUGGGCUGGUGCUUUAUACUGGAACAAUUAUUACUGAAGAUGGUAAGGAAAAGAAGGUUACGAUCGACUUCGAGCCUUUUAAGCCUAUAAAUGCAUCACUCUACCUCUGUGAUAAUAAGUUUCACACACAAGCUCUAAAUGAACUCUUAGAAUCCGAUGACAAGUUUGGUUUUAUUGUCAUGGAUGGAAAUGGCACCCUUUUUGGGACAUUGAGUGGAAAUACGCGAGAGGUGCUUCAUAAAUUCACGGUUGAUCUACCAAAGAAGCAUGGAAGAGGAGGACAAUCAGCUCUGCGGUUUGCUCGUCUUCGGAUGGAAAAGCGACACAACUAUGUGAGAAAGACUGCAGAACUUGCCACACAGUUCUUUAUUAAUCCUGCUACGAGUCAGCCUAAUGUUGCUGGGCUAAUACUUGCUGGUUCAGCCGACUUCAAGACUGAGCUAAGCCAGUCAGAUAUGUUUGAUCCUCGAUUACAAGCGAAGAUAUUGAAUGUGGUUGACGUUUCUUAUGGAGGGGAAAAUGGUUUCAAUCAAGCCAUCGAGCUUUCCUCAGAAAUUCUAGCUAACGUAAAGUUUAUACAAGAGAAACGGUUGAUUGGGAAAUACUUUGAGGAGAUCAGUCAGGAUACUGGGAAAUAUGUUUUUGGUGUAGAUGACACGCUGAAGGCUCUAGAAAUGGGUGCUGUAGAAACCCUUAUUGUGUGGGAAAAUUUGGAUAUUAAUCGGUAUGUGCUGAAAAACAGUGCCACUGGUGAAGUUAGCAUAAAGCACUUUAACAAGGAACAACAGACUGAUCAGAACAACUACCGGGAUCCAGCCACCGCCGCAGAGUUGGAGGUUCAGGAGAAGAUGUCCUUACUUGAGUGGUUUGCCAAUGAGUACAAGCGAUUUGGUUGCUCGCUUGAAUUUGUCACCAACAAAUCCCAAGAGGGAUCUCAAUUUUGCAGAGGGUUCGGUGGGAUCGGGGGUAUCCUUCGUUACCAGCUUGACAUAAGAUCAUUUGAUGAGUUAUCUGAUGAUGGAGAAGUAUACGAGGAUAGUGAUUAAGAACCCAUCAACUGUUGUUUAGUGCCCUCGUUGGAGGAUGUUGUGAAGGUUUGUGCCAGGUUCGAUGGAGUCUUUGUUGCUGCUGCUAGCUGAGAGAUUUGAAACUCCAGUUUUCUGUUAUCGUGCUGUUUUUUCCCUCUUGAUGUUUGGGAAUUUUGGCAUUGUAUCAGACCAGUAUGUGAUUCCUCAAGGUAGAAUAUGCAGCUUUGUUUUACCUAAGGAAGUUGGUCAUAAGUUUAAUCCACAACCUGGUUGGUUUGUUUUAUGGUUGCUUGAAACUCAUUCCAUUUGCCAUUGUUGCGUGAUGACAUAAAAAAACUUGUUUCAGUUUA